AUGGCGAUACCAAAGAGGCUCGUCAACCCAGAGUCUGCUCAUGACAAGAGCAGCAGAGCUUAUGUGGUGUCCUGGGUGAACAACCUGCUGAAGACAGAAUUCUCUGAUGUCAAACAGCUGUUCACAGGUACAAGUCAAUGUAAAAUCAUGCACAUUGUUGCUCCAGGCUCUAUUGACAUGAGCAAAGUGAAGAUGAAUGCUCAAAGUGAAGCCGACUGCGAGCACAACUUCAAUCUAGUCCAAGGAGCUCUGAAUGGCAGGGGGGUUAAAAGGAUUCUUCCUGUGAAGGAGCUGAUCUUGGGAGAUUUUAGAGCCAAUUAUGAACUGUUAAAGUGGUUCAGACUUUUCUACAUGGCCAAUAGCGUUCCUUACGGCGUCUACAUUUUUGAAGGGCAGUCGGUGGAGCACACAUUGGUUUCUGUAGUUCUCGUAGGGUACUUUAACCCAGAGGAGUCCAAGUACACCAUCCAUUUUCUGGAUGUUCUUGAAGAUUUGUCAGAGGGAACCGAAGACCAACAGGCAGACACAGUGCCUGCAGCUGCGCUUCAGUUCCUCGAGGAGGGAAACAUUCAGAUUCUCAGUGACACAGACUCUCAUUUGAGUGCUGGACCACCUGCUUUGCACAACUUUCUGAAAGAGUCAGAAAGUCUGGGUGCUCUCUCACUUCUUCAGCAGGAAGCCAUUUCAGUGAACAUUGCACUGACCAGCAGCAUCGCAGACAAUCUGCCUUUGAGUUCUGUGACGCUGCGGUCCAUAGCUCAGCUGCUGAACCCACAGCAGCUGACUGUCACUGACAAAACAGUGGAAGACAUUGGAGUGAAGUUGGAUGUGUGCUCUUCUACUAAGGAGAGAGACCAGCUCAGGAGUGAGUUCCUGCAGUACCAGAGCAUGGUAAAGGCCAACACUGCAGAAGACAAGACCGUUAAGGAAAUGAAUAUGAAGGAAAUGGCAAAGGACAAGAAUGUCCAGGAUGACCCUGAGAUGGACAAAACUGUAGAUAAAGUUGCAGAGGAGAAAGUUUCAGAAGACAAAAAUGCUGUGGAAAACAUGACGGAGCACAAGAACGUAGAAGACAAAACACCUGAGGAAAAUGGCUCAGGGGGGGAAAAGUCUCAAGAAGAUGAAGCAGAAGACGAAACUGUUGAGGAUACUGUUUCAGAGGAGACGUCGGAGAAGGACAAAGUAGCAGAAAACGAGACAGGGGAGGAGAAACAGGACGUCAUCAAAGUCUCAGUGGAGAAGCACUGGGCUAAGAUUUUAAAACACUUCAAACCUGCCUCCAUCUUCAGAAAGCUGAUCCUGACGCUCCUGGCCCUGCCUCGGCCUCCACUCGACUCCCAUCAAAUUCUGAUCAAGGUGUUGAACAAGAACAGCGAAGCGAUGACUUUGACCGAGAGCGACACCACAGUCACAGAGAGCGACUCGGACGUAAUGACCGACAGCAGCAGCGUCCGGUCGUUCAAGAGGAGCUUUGAGUCAUUAGACCUGAGCGCGGUGGACAUCUCAACAAUACGGCAGUGUGAAGUUCGACUGACCAAAUUAGCAGAACCUGCAGAUAAAGAGAAUGGGUCUUGGUGGAAAGAGGAGGUUAUUAGGGGAAAUUUUGGCUGGGAGAGCAGCUUACGGCCGAAGCCACUGCCUCGCACACUCUUUCAGGCUGGUUCCAACACUUGGGCCAAGCCGGUGGGAGAGGGCGUGGAUUCCCAAGAUGAGGUGAUAGACCAAAUGGAGUCGCCACUCAGGAAGACGCCAAAAGGAAUAAACAAACAACUGGGCUAUCAGGACGGCAAAGGCUUUGUGAACGGAGAGCUGGUGUGGGGGAAACUGCGGGGUCUGACCUGGUGGCCCGGUCUGGUCAAGUCCUGGAAAACCAAGUCCAACCCUCCAGGGAUGCGGCGAGUGGAGUGGUUCGGAGACGGCAUGUUUUCAGAGAUCCAUACUGACCGCCUGAUGCCGUUCAACGCCUUCACCCUCUGCUACAACCACAACGCCCACUCAAACGUGCCGGUUUACAAAGAUGCCGUUUAUCAAGUGUUAGAGUUGGCAGCAGAACGUUGUGGGAAGUCCUUCUGCGCCGAAGGCCGGGACAAAGCCGGCGAGCUGAAGGAGAUGGUGCGCUGGGCUCAGGACGGCUUUCCGCCCGCAGGACCCGAGGGCUUUUUACCUCCAGAUGCUCUGACUUCCUCAGUAGAAGAAACCACAGACUCUGAAUACCAGCCUCCAGCAAAACGAAAAUACGUCCUGAAAAGCAAAGCCCACCUGGCCCUGGUCUCCUUCAGCAGACAGACCAUGGUGGAUUGCCUCAAAGAAGAAAGAAUGAAAGGCAAAACGUUGGAAGAUUUUUGUUUGUCCUGUGGAACAACGGAGAUCGAUAAGCGACACCCGCUGUUUGAAGGAAGUCUCUGUACUAAAUGCAAGGAGAACUUCACUGAGACACUUUACCGCUACGACGAGGACGGAUACCAGUCCUACUGCACCGUGUGCUGCGCCGGGCUGGAGGUGGUGCUGUGCGAGAACCCCAGCUGCUGCAGAUGCUUUUGUAAAGACUGCAUCGAGAUCCUGGUCGGGGCCGGCUCCUUUGACAAGCUCAAAGAGGUGGAGCCGUGGCACUGCUACAUGUGCAAACCCUCCGAGUGCAAAGGCUUCCUGAAACUGCGGCCCGACUGGAGCGUCCGCGUGCAGGACUUCUUUGCCAACAACAGCGCCUUCGAGUUCGAGCCCCACAGACUGUACCCGGCUGUUCCGGCUGCUCAGCGGAGGCCGAUCCGAGUGCUCUCUCUGUUUGAUGGAAUCGCAACAGGAUACCUGGUGUUGAAAGACCUGGGCUUCAAGAUUGAGCGCUACAUCGCUUCGGAGAUUUGCGACGACUCGAUCGCCGUGGGGAUGGUCAAACACGUGGGGAAGAUAGAGCACGUGAACGAUGUCCGCUCCAUCACACGCAAACAUCUCGCAGAAUGGGGCCCCUUUGACCUUCUGAUUGGAGGGAGUCCGUGCAACGACCUGUCCAUAGUCAAUCCACUACGUAAAGGACUAUUCGAGGGCACCGGCAGACUGUUCUUUGAGUUCUAUCGGAUCCUCACGCUGCUGAAGCCGCGGGAAGAAGAGGACCGGCCCUUCUUCUGGCUCUUUGAGAACGUGGUCUUCAUGAGCGGCCACGACAAGGCAGACAUCUGCAGGUUUCUUGAGUGUAACCCCAUUCUGAUCGACGCAGUGAAAGUCAGCCCUGCCCACAGAGCGCGCUACUUCUGGGGAAACCUCCCUGGGAUGAACAGACCUAUGGCCACUUCCCUGGAGGACAAGGCGAGUCUGCAGGACUGUCUGGAGCCGGGCCGCGUGGCAAAGUUUGACAAAGUGCGGACGAUAACGACCAAGUCCAACUCCCUGCGGCAGGGAAAGAGCGGUCAUCCCGUGGUGAUGAACGGCAAAGAGGACAGUCUGUGGUGCACCGAGCUCGAACAGAUCUUUGGAUUCCCCAAACACUACACGGACGUGAACAACAUGGGCCGUGGUCAGAGGCAGAAGGUGCUGGGCCGCUCCUGGAGUGUCCCUGUGAUCCGCCACCUCUUCGCUCCGCUCAAGGACUAUUUCGAAUGCGAGUGA